AUGGUUCUCUCCAUGUUCCACAGCUUCGCGGCGGUUCUUCUAGCCGCCAAUCUCGCCGCCGCACUCCCGAGCGGCUCUACCUUCGCCACACGCGGCGCGCACCAUCGUCGCGCCCAUGCGCUCGCUGCCCGCGAACCCGCGACCGACCUCGCUAAGUCACUCGGGGACCUUGGGAAGAGCUUCCAAUCUGCACGCUGGACAUACUACUCGACUGGUCUGGGUGCAUGCGGCGGCACCAACAAGGACUCUGAUUACAUCGUCGCGUUGAACUCGCAGCAAUGGGAUGGCGGCAAGCACUGCUGGGAGAAGAUACAUAUGAACUACGGCGGCAAAAGCACGACAGCGAUGAUCGUCGACGAGUGCCCCGGUUGCCCACACGGCGGACUUGACCUUUCGCCGGGCUUGUUCCAGUACUUCGGUCCCCAGUCAGAGGGCGUGCUCUCCGGCUCCUGGGAGUUCGGUGAUGGUGGUGAUGACGCUCCUCCGCCCCCUCCGAAAUCAAGCCCGAAGCCUCAGCCCAAGCCGACAACGCAGAAGUAUACCCCGCCGAGCCCCUCUCCUACGAGCUACGCUCCGACCACGCACAGCACUACCCAAGCUUCAUACCCCACAAUCCCCGCUUCGACGUACGCAGCGUUCAACGCCUCUCAGACUACACAAAUCAGCACUCAGUAUACCAACUCGACAUCGACUCUCUCCGGGUCGUCAUACGCAUCAACGGCUGCUGCAUCCGCGAAGCCCACGCUCGCAUACGAAGUACAAGGCGCUCAAGAGGAUGGGAACAUCGCGCUGAUCUAUCGCGAUGUCAUCCAGAUUGGGAACUUGGUGGAGGCAGCUUAG